AUGCCGAAGAAUUUUACACUGCCCUCUUCCCUUGAGCCGUAUAAGGGGAUUGGUGACCCCCCGGCUCAUAUUAAGAAGUUCCAAUCUAUGAUGUUCUUUAAUGACCCUAACAAUGAACAUGUGCUUUGCAGGGCUUUUCCCACAUACCUUGAUGGAGCCGCAUUGCUUUGGUUUUCAAAAUUACCUGAAGGAUCAAUCUCUUCAUUUGAGGAGUUGGCGAAGUCCUUUAUCGAGUACUUCACGGCGGUGCGGAUAUAUGUACAUGGAUCAGACUACCUAGGAACCAUCCGCCAAGAUCCACAAGAAAGCCUAAAAGACUAUAUGACGAGAUUCGCAGAGGCCACCAUGGAGAUACCAGACCUGGACCCUGCUGUCCACCUACACGCCCUCAAGGCCGGUCUCAAACCCGAAAAGUUCAGAGAAACGAUCGCGGUAACAAAACCGAAAACAUUGGAAGAAUUUCGAGAAAGGGCGGCCAGACAAAUGGAGAUCGAGGAACUCCGUGAAGCCAAAAAAGUAGAAAGAAGGCAACCCAGAAGGGAGGAAAGCCGAACAAUAAGGUCGGCCGACAACAAAGACUCCAGGAAACCAUUUAAGCUCACCCCAAAGUUUGAAAAUUACACCAGGUUCAACACGAAGAGGGAGAAGAUAAUUAAAGAAGUACUCAAUGCCAAAAUAAUAAAACCUCCGACAAGAGCAGGAAACUAUCAAGACCAACGAUUCGUCGACAGAAGUAAACACUGCGCUUUCCAUCAGAAGUACGGCCAUACAACCGACAAGUGCGUCAUAGCAAAAGAUCUGCUAGAAAGAUUAGCUCGACAAGGCCUUCUGAACAAAUAUAUUGAAGGAAGAAAACAUAAAAAAAAUAGUCGAGACCGAGAAGAAUGCCAACAGACCUCAGGAAGCAAGGAGGACAAUAAAUGGUCAAAUAAUACACCACCAAAAGGCAUUAUAAAUUACAUUUCCGGAGGGUUUGCCAGCGGAGGUGCAACAACCUCGGCAAGAAAAAGAAGCUACCGCGCAAUGUUGGCAAUCGAAGGAACAACGCCACAAAACAAAGACAAGUCCGACCUUCAAAUCACCUUCAGUCAGACAGACAUAUGCUCGUUAGCACCAAACCUAGACGACCCAAUGGUAAUCUCUAUCCAAACAGGCGAGUUAUUGGUAAGAAAAGUCCUUUUGGACCCAGGCACAGGACUGAAGGAUAGCAACGCUCCACUUGGAUCACCAACAAGCUCGGCAGUGCUACAACGCAAGCCUAAAGAAGUCAGAGACAAAAGAAAAGCAUCAGCAAGAAGUCAAAGCGAUCCUCAGUCAAAACGAAGUCCUAACCCUGGCCAAGCUUGA